AUGCAGCAGCCCCUGACACAACAGCGCCUCCGGGCCGGAGUGCCAGCAUCCCGGCUGCGGCAGCAGAGGCUGGUGGUGCGCGCGACGGCCACCGCGGACCCAACUCGUCAAGAUAUCCGCAGAGAGGCGCUGGCGCGUGGGCCGGCCGCGGGAUCCGAGUUGUUCAAUGCCAAGUUUGUUCCCUUCAAGGAUUACCGCAGCUCCGACGGCGGCCUGCUGGACGUGUACCACGACAUGAAGGAGCUGUCCAAGUUUGGCCCUGACUAUUGGAAGUCGCUGUUUGACAGCCGCAUCGGCACCACCACGUGGCCCUACGGCUCCGGCGUGUGGAGCAAGAAGGAGUGGGUGCUCCCCGAGCUCGGCGACGCCGACAUCGUCUCCAUGUUCGAGGGCAACAGCAACCUGUUCUGGGCGGAGCGCUUCGGCCGCGAGGCGCUGGGCAUGAGCGACCUGUGGGUGAAGCAGUGCGGCAACAGCCACACGGGCAGCUUCAAGGACCUGGGCAUGACCGUCCUGGUCAGCCAGGUCAACCGCAUCAGGAAGCUCAAGCCCGGCGCCAUCAGCGCCGUCGGCUGCGCGUCGACCGGCGACACGAGCGCCGCGCUGUCGGCAUACUGCGCGGCGGCGGGCAUCCCGUCGAUCGUGUUCCUGCCGGCCGACAAGAUCAGCCUGGCGCAGCUGGUGCAGCCGAUCGCCAACGGCGCGCUGGUGCUGUCCAUCGACACCGACUUUGACGGCUGCAUGCGGCUCAUCAAGGAGGUGACGGCCGAGACGCCCAUCUACCUUGCCAACAGCAUGAACAGCCUGCGCCUCGAGGGCCAGAAGACGGCGGCGAUCGAGAUCCUGCAGCAGUUUGACUGGCAGGUGCCGGACUGGGUGAUCAUCCCCGGCGGCAACCUCGGGAACAUCUACGCCUUCUACAAGGGCUUCAAGAUGUGCAAGGACCUGGGGCUGGUGGACAGGAUCCCGCGGCUGGUGUGCGCGCAGGCGGCCAACGCCAACCCCCUGUACUCCGCCUUCAAGAAGGGCUGGGAGCACUACGAGCCGAUCUCCGCCAAGACCACCUUCGCAUCCGCCAUCCAGAUCGGCGACCCCGUGUCCAUCGACCGCGCCAUCCUCGCGCUCAACGACGCCAACGGCAUCGUGGAGGAGGCGACAGAGGAGGAGCUCAUGGAUGCGGCGGCGCGCGCCGAUCGCACCGGCAUGUUCAACUGCCCGCACACCGGCGUCGCGCUCGCCGCGCUGACCAAGCUGCGGGAGAAGGGCGUGAUCGCGCCCUCGGACCGCACCGUCGUGGUGUCGACGGCGCACGGGCUCAAGUUCACGCAGUCCAAGGUUGCGUACCACUCCAAGGAGAUCGCGGGCAUGGCGUGCAGCUACGCCAACCCGCCGGUGGCCGUGAAGAACGACAUCGGGUCGGUCAUGGACGCGCUCCGCUCCAAGUUCCCCGCGAUCUGA